UUUUUCUUGCGAGGAUUGAUAUGCUUCUUUGCAUCAUUUGGCAGGCAUGGCAUGCUUCUUUUUGUUGCGGGACCCAGCUUUGUCUGCUUACCGCACUUUUCUUAAUGAUGGAAUGCUUGGAUGAAGUUGAGAUGAAACUACCUAUGGAUGGCAUGGGUGAGAGAGGGAGAGGGGAGUGAAGCGAGGCUGAUUCAAAGUCCAGCCUGGGGGAAGAUUCGCAGGGCAACCGAGCCCAUUAUUUGUACCAGCGUUAUUUGGCUUUUGCUGCCCCGUUCUCUUUUUUUUUUUU